CGUGUGAUUGUGUUGUUGUUGAUGUGAGGGCGGUUCCAUGCUUGCUGUGUUUUUGUUUUAUGCGUGGGGUUGUCGCCCGGGUUUGCCAGCAAUUGAAGUCUUAAUUUGAGAGAGAUGGAGAGCCAGGGUCUGCUGGACGACUCCUUGAUCAGCGGCUCGCAGCCCACGCGUGCUGCCGGGGUCUGGGCCGGCGGCGGCGCGGACGUCUCCUUCUGCCCGGACUCCCAGAACACGCCACGACCGCGGGCCGCGCCGCUGGUGCCGGCCUCAGACGAGAGCGACACGGACUUCGAGGAGGAGGCGGAGGACGCGGCGCCGCUGCCCAGGCCGCGCCGCCUCAAGGACUGCCUGGUCGACGCCGACGGUCCGGCGGUGGUGGACGACACACUGGACGUGGAGGAGGAGCGCUAUGACACAGCGCCACUGGAGGCCGGCCCGCGCUCUCAAUCGCCAGUGCACGAAACAUUUGUGGACGAAUCGCGUGUGGAUGAUGUGGACCUGGAGGCGGACACACAGCUUGUGGACAGCGGCAACGGUGCCGGAACCUGGAGAGACCAGUCUGCGGACACGGCUCCCGGCCUUGUGCCUCGCACGUCCUCGGGCUCCGUGGACCUGGAGGCGGAGACACAGCUGUACGUGAGUGCUGCCGGGGGCGAAGCCACGCGAGACCAGUCUGCGGGGACGGCUCCUGGCCUUCUGCCCCGCACGUCCUCGUCUUCCGUGGACCUGGAGGCAGAGACACAGCUGUACGUGAGUACUGUCGGGGGCCAAGCCGCGCGAGACCAAUCAGCUGGGACGGCUGGCGGCCUUGCGCCGCCCACGUCCUCGUCUUCCGUGGAUCUGGAGGCUGAGACGCAGCUCUAUGUAUCAACGAACUCGUCAAAGGGUGUGAGUCUAGAGGCGGCAGCUCAGCCGCAUGAACCUACGCCGAGGUCCUCCUCCCGAAAUGCGCACCUGGAGGCGGAAGCCGGGCUGUACAUCUCUCCCAUCAAAGCGCCAUCCAAGGCGAGGACGGCAGACUUGGACGCCGAAACCGAGUUGUAUAUCUCUCCCGUGAAAUUUGCAUCCACGUCGCCGACAAUCGGCGUGAAUGCUGCAGCCCAUCCGCCCGUGAGUGCCGCCGCUGAGCCGGAUCCAGGACGGUCACCAGUGGUCGGGCAGGGCCGCUGUACACCUCGCGCGCCUGAGAGGCACAGCACGGCCGGCAGCCGCCCCCCGGACGAAGACUGCGGUGUCGAUCUGGACGCGGCUACUCAGGUGUGCCAACCGAGGUGUGACAACCGCGCGGACUUGAGUGCUGUGGAUCUGGACGCGGCUACGCAGGUGUACCAGCCGAAGUGUGACAACCGCGCGGACUUGAGUGCUGUGGAUCUGGACGCGGCUACCCAAGUGUACCAGCCGAAGCGUGGCGACCGGGCGGACUUGAGUGCUGUUGAUCUGGACGCGGCCACCCAGGUGUACCAGCCGAAGUGUGACAACCGCGCGGACUUGAGUGCUGUGGAUCUGGACGCGGCUACCCAAGUGUACCAGCCGAAGCGUGGCGACCGGGCGGACUUGAGUGCUGUGGAUCUUGACGCGGCUACCCAAGUGUGCCAACCGAGGCGUGAUAACCGUGCAGACUUAAGUGCCGUGGAUCUGGACGCGGCUACUCAGGUGUAUCAACCAAGGUGUGACAACCGCGCAGACGCAUGUGACGUGGAUCUUGACGCGGCUACCCAGGUCUAUGAGCCCGAGGUUGUUGACCGCGAACGAGCCUGCGAUGUGGAUCUCGGUGGGACUAGCCGGGACCGCGAGCGGAGUGGUGGCCGUCGCACGGAGACCUGUGGCGUGGACCUGGACGCGGCCACGCAGGUUUACCAACCGGAGGACGGACGCAGUGUCGAAGCGUGCGACGGGGACCUGGAUGCGGCUGCCCAAAUCUACCGGCACGAGGGCUGCAGUCGUUCGACCGCUUGCGACGUCGACCUUGAGGCGGCCACUGAGGAGUACCGACCCGACGUUCAGACCGGACCCGGCCUGGACUCGGCCGCGGCGCCCGAGGACUGCCUGUCGACUCCGGGCGUGAUCUCGGUCAAGUCUGCCGCGAGCGCGGGCGAGGUGGGAGACGCUGAGGACAUGGUGGCCACGCAGCGGAUGGCGUCACCGCCAGCGGCGACGGGCGUCCACAAUACCUCGGGCUCGGAGCUGUUCCUCUCGCCGAGCCGCCACGCCAGCAGGGAGAGCGAGACGCAGGAGACCCGGCUGCUGCCGCCGAACUCGCGGGACGUGCUCCAGGUGCUGCGCAUGACCGCCUCGCCGCGGCCGUCGCCGCUCUCCGAGCGGCCCGAGUCGGAGCUGGACUCGAAGGGCUGCGCCGCGCCCGCCGCAGGCGACGGAGGAGGUGGAAGAAGACGCUCCGCCAUCGUCCGCAGCCACCUCCAACCGUGGCCGCGGCCGCGGGGCCGUCCGGCGCACGACGCGGGCAGCGGAGGAGGUGGUACAAGACGCUCCGCCAUCGUCCGCAGCCACCUCCAACCAUGGCCGCGGCCGCGGGGCCGUCCGGCGCCGGACGCAGACAGCGGAGGAGGUGGAAGAAGACGCUCCGCCAUCGUCCGCAGCCACCUCCAACCGUGGCCGCGACCGCGGGGCCGUUCGGCGCCGGACGCGGACAGCGGAGGAGGUGGAAGAAGACGCUCCGCCAUCGUCCGCAGCCACCUCCAACCGUGGCCGCGGCCUCGGGGCUUCGCCAGAACCGCCAGGACCAGCCGACGUCGAGCGGCCGAUGACGACACGGAAUCCGAUUCGAGGCAUGAAGACAGCUCUGUCGUCACUGUCUCCUCCCAAGUGUCGCUGCGGUCGGUGGGGGGAUCUCGUCGCGGCGCCUCGGCGCGCGGCCGACCCCGCGUGCUGUUUACCGGCUUCUCCAGCCCGCAAAACGAGCGCGCAGUGACGGCGCUGGGUGGCGAGAUGGUCAAGCGGCCUGCUGAGUGUACGGUUCUCGUCACGACGGAAGUCAAACGGACAAUCAAAUUUAUGGCCUGCUUCGCACGAGGCAUUCCUAUCGUAUCGCCCGCGUGGCUGACCAAGUCCAAGCAAGCAAAGUUCUUCCUGGAUCCGUGGGAGUUCCUCGUGCGCGACGGGCCGGCCGAGAAGAAGUUUGGCUUCCAUCUUGACCUGAACCUGCGCAAGGCAAGCCGCAGCGCCCAUCCGCUGCUGCGCGGCUGGUCGUUCUACGUGACGCCGCACGUGGUGCCGCCGCCGGACCAGCUGCGAGAGAUCGUCGAGUGCGCCGGCGGCGUGUUCCUGGCUGGACCGCCGCGCAGUGCGGCCGACCGGCUGCUGGUGGUCUCGUGCGUGGCCGACACGGCCAGCUGGACAGCGGCGCGCCGGCUCCACCUACCGGUCGUGUCGGCCGAACUGCUGCCUCAGCGGCAUCCUCCAGCAGCGGGUGGACGUCGACGCGCACCGCCUGUUGGCCUGAGCCGAGCGCGCCCCACGGCGACGGUCGAGGGGUCCCGGCCAUCGGUGGCGCCAAGUGCCAUUGUACCUGGUUGA